AUGAUGAGCAUAUAUUUUUGGGUAGCUAUACACAUUUUUUCCAGCUUUUGGAUGAUACAAAAUAUAGAAAUAUGUGAUUUUUCAAGGGGCUCUCUAGACGUGGCACUUAUGAAUAACAAAAUUUUGAUUGAUAAUAAUUUGAAGGAAGAAAAUUAUAAUGAUAAUAAUAUAAAACAUUGCGUAAUUUUUACAAAGGGACUUGAAAUAUUUACAUUUAUAUGUCCAAAAGGAAAUAAUAAUGAUAAUUAUAAAGGUGUAGAAAUUCGGCCUGAACAAUGUUUUGAAAAAGUUCGAAUAAAUGGAAAAGAAGAAAAUUUAAAAGACAUUUUAAAAGGUGUUGUAAUAGAAAAAAAAGAAACAGAUACAGAAAUAAUAAGAAAAGCAUUAAUUCCACCAACUAUAUAUCAAGAUAUGUCUUUUGAAUGUUCUUGUGAUAAUAGUUUAACUAUUAAAGAUAAUUAUAUAGGGGCAAGAGGAAUUAUGAAAGUACAUUUAAAAAAAAAUAUAAUUUUUGGAUGUGACUUUAAUUAUGAUAGUAAUGAACCUAAAUUGUCCAAUGGAAAAAGUGCAUUUGCACAGUUUUAUGAUAAACAAGUUGUAGAUUCAAAUAAGAAUAUUAUUUGUAAUACACAAGUCAAUAAUAAAGAAGUAUAUCUUGGAUUAGUAUGCCCAGAAGGAUAUGGAAUGUACCCAGAAAAUUGUUUUGAGAAUGUAUUAUUUGAAAAAAAGGUUAUAAACAUUACUGAAUUAAUUAAACAUGAUGUUAAAUUGCAUAUUGAAAAAAAUAAAAAUAUAUCUUUUGCAUCAUUUAUAUUAAAUCCAAAUGAGAAUCCCAAAAGUUUUUCAUGUCAUUGCAUUAAAAAUAAUGAUAAUUCUUUUCCCCUUAUUGCAAAUAUUACUUUUUCCAAUUAUGAAUCUUAUUCUUUUAAUUUCCAUGUAACUUAUUUAAUUCUUAUUUUCAUUCUUUUGAUAUCAUAUAUAUAG